AUGUCUGACGCUGAACUUUCGUUUCCAGAGCCAUUGCCGGAGACAUUACCGGAGGUGAAGGGCCACGUGAUUCAUUUUGAUGAUGGCGAUGGAGCGGGAGAUCGAGGGCGCGAAGCCUCACACAGCACUGCAUCAGGCAAUCUUCGUGAUUCAGCCAAUAGUCACAAUGGCGGUUCGCAGGCAAUACGCUCCGAUUUCCAGACAGACUACAAACAUAUUUCCACGAAUUGCAAAAAGACUAGAUAUGAGCAGCAGCCAGAGGUACUUAAAGCUUCCAGCAUUCCGUUAAAAAUGCAAAGAUACGACCUCUCUGCCUCUCAUCGCGAACCGAAACCUCGCGACUUUGUAGGGCUGAAAACAGCUCAAAUUCGUCUGGAUCCUGCAGAGUUGGACUCGGAUGACUCUACUCGGGUGAAGCUUAGACGCGAACCAAUAUCUUCAGAGAGGCUCCCUGCUGCGGUCAAUCAUGAUGUUAGCCCUGUACCAUGCCGGUCAGCUCCAGAUCAAAUCGCCGAAAAUAAUCGAGAGCUUUCCGCAGCAAGUGAACUUGUCCCUGUAGAGAUAGCUCGGUCAAAACGCGAUGAUUUGAAAAGAGAAGCUUUUGAAACUCUCGAUGAAAUGAAGAGCCGUCAUCAUAGGGAAUUUGAUGACCUACAGCGACGUAUAACACAAAAAAGAUAUCUUGCAACAGACGAAACUAGAGAUGAAAUCAAUAGGCUGUGUGAGGACAUGGAGAGACGACUAAAAAAACGUCAAUAUAUGGAAACGCCGUUGUUAGUGGAUUCGGAUACCCGGAAUCGUCGAAGGAUAAAACAGCUCAAAGCAGAUGAGUCAAAAGAGCAUGCUGCAGCGAUUUCUAAUAUUGAUUCGGAGUUACAAUGGAUGGAGACCGAGAAGGCUCUUCUACAAACUCUUGAGGCCAAGCAAAGAGAACUAGGUCCCGACGAUAUUUCCACAAUCGAUACCGUGAAAAAUACUGCUCGUGUUUACUUCGAUCAAGGAAAGCUGGUCGAGGCUGAACACAUGUAUUUACGAGCUCUAAAUGGGUAUCAAAAUGCAACCGGUCCCACGCAAAUGCUAAUCAGUGCGGUGAUAAACAACCUUGGUCGCAUCUAUUACCGGCAGGGUAGUAUGACUAAAGCUGAGGAGAUGUAUGUUCAAGCUUUGGCUAAUUUUGAAAGAUAUUUGGGAAGCAAUCACCCCACAACUCGCAACACAGCAAACAGGCUCGGUCAUGUUUAUCAAAAGCAGGGCAAGCUUCAGGAAGCGCAAAAACUCUUUGGACAAUCGACAGCUCCGGGAGUGGAGUCAUCUCCAGAUAUAGUCAAAAAUGGGGCUGCAGGAAUAAAUAUUUUGCAAUCUGAUUUCAAACGAAGAGAUAACCUCACAGGUACGAGGAAUUUUACCAGCAAUAAUAUUCGAGAUCUUGGGAAAGCUUUUCGAAACACUGAUGAUUCGCAUAAUGUCAACUCUCAAAAUCAAUUUGAUAUUGUACGAUGGUCGACCUCAGAAGAUGCUUCUUUGCUACGAACUAUUGCCAGACUCGGAUUGGAAGAUUGGCCCGCUGUCUCAACGGUAGUUGGAACUAAGACGGCUGAUCAAUGCCAUUACCGUUAUCUCAGAUUCGAGAAGAGCUUUGGAAUUGACCCUACCUCUUCUGAUAAAUCCUCGCAGAUCAAUUUUUUCAUGGCUGCUAUUGAGAAGAAUUCCUCAUCAGAAUUGGCACACUGGUUGCGUGAUCAUCGAAAUAUCUCGGAAGAUGGGGAUGAUAUUGUAUCGCGAUCAAAUAAAGGCAGCGCCGAGCUUAAAGAAGGGGAAAAUGAGGCACCUUCCACGCCUGGAUCCAAAUCUCCAAUUGCCAGUAAAUCUCUCGGUAUUGAAGAGUUCACACAUGGGAAGAAUGCCAUGGGGAGGAAAAUACUUGAUAUGGGUAUUCAAUCAAACCCGGAUACCCACAGAGAGAGUUCGAGUCAGCUAUCUGCUGAAUUAGGUCGCGAUCGAUAUGGAAACACAAAGCACAUGCCGGAAAGAACUGCACUCGAAAUUGCGGAGUUGAGAGCUGAAAGAAGGGCAGAGAUCGAGAGACGUUGUGCGGAACUUGAUCCACCUUUAACCAAGGAUUUGCUAGCCAGCAUACCCUUAUAUAGAACAACUAUCCAAGAUGUCCGUCCUUUGACUGAACUUGGCUGGGAAUUCUUGAAGCGAAAUUUUCUGGCGGAGCGCACUAUUGCAGAGUUGAAAUCCAGCGAUUUGUCAGAUUUACCUCACAUUAAGAGAUCAUACAAUGGGUUUGGUAGGGAGGAUACGGUACGUGGAGUAUUCCGUGCUCUUUCAACUUUUAUUAAUAUGAAACAGGGUGACAUGGUCGCCAAACGGGAUCUCAUAGCCAGUGAGCAGCAAAAAGCUGUUACUGACGAAUGGCAACAUGGGUUCAGUCCAGAAACUCUUAAUUCUACCUCUAUCGAAAGCCAAAAUUAUAUUGUAGCUUUCACUAAUGAACAAGCUUUAAGUUCUGGUCGAGCUAAUGAGUUCGACCAGACCAUGGGUCCAACCAACGAAGCUCACAAAACUACCCAACUCGAAUGUUCUUUAGACGCAGAAAAUAGUUCGGCCGGAUGCCAGGAUUAUGCGGGUUCUUACGUUACAAACACUGUCAAGAUACUUCGACGGUCAGAGAAUUAUCAUGAUUGGGCUGUCGUUGCUCAUGGUCAUGGAUUAGAAAGCCGUGGCGAGUUGACUAGAGAUACUUUUGAUGUAAAUACGAAUUUACUAACAUCUCAAGGUAAGAAUUUGAAGGCAUCUGACUCUGUUAUGGCCGAACAAGAAGAGCGAAUGAAACAAUAUACGUCUGAGAAUAGAAGGAAAGGCAUUGUGAAGUUGUCCCAACAGCAAAGUUCAGGGAAAACAUGGAUACAUACUCCCGAGAUUCCGGCGAACUCACAGAUUGUUGACUCGCAAGACAUUGAAGAGAAACUAGCGGAGACAGCAAUUGAUUUGGCAAAGUUAAUAUUAGAAAAGUCACAGUGGCUAGGGCAAAUGGAUGGCGAUGAAUUGGAUCAUGCGAUAACAAUGCUGGGAAAUGAAGUCCACAGCAUGUUACACGAAAAAGGUUGGCCACGAACAACAUUAGCGAUGUAUCGAGAAGUGCAUAUCAAAGCAAUUCGUGAUCUUCUUACCCGCUACCAAAAUGAUCGAGGCCUGGGAUCUUCAACUCUCUCGUCAUCGACAUUAUCUGAAAAUGGCGCAAACAAUGAUUCUCAUUCAAGACUACCAAUCGAGGACAUACCUGAUGACCAAAGCGACAACUCUUUUGAGUUCUCCACUACGGAUUCCGUGGUAUCGGUUGCAGAUAGUGUAUUUUCAGCAAUGUCACUUGCUACGGGGUCCUCGAUGUCAUCUUUUUCAGUCUCUCAGACUGCAACUGACCGCUUAGUUCGUUUACUCCUUGAAGAUGCGAUCAUAAAGCCACUCUGCGAAGAUGCAUUGCAGGAGAAUGGAAUGUCUCGGGAACGAUUUGAGCGGAAUCUCAGCCGUCUACUGAAGGGCUUUGCUGUCGAACUACGAAAAGAAGCUCAAACUCGAGAACAGCGACAGGCCGCACAUCUUGUUCGUUUUCGUGCAAGAAACUCUGCACACGUGAUUUGCACUACUCUUCGGAUAGAAAAGGAACAAAAAGGCACAAACAAUGUCAGUGACUCCAGUGGAGCUUCCCAUUUGAAUGUUGAAGAAGAAGAAAUAGAGUGCGAUUUGGACAUAGAUGACGAUUCGGAUAGUGGAUCUGAGAGUUCUGAAGAUGCUUCCGAUGACUUUCAGCAUCUUGAACUAUUUGUCAAGGACUCAAAAGCCUUCGAAUUGUUUCGGGAGAAACUACGAAUUUUCAUUCAUCCACAGAAAGCACAGCUACCAAUGGUAGCCAGUCGACGAAAUAGUUUAUCUUCAAAGACAAACAACUGGGCGAUUGCAUUACCCGGAAAAUCUGAUGACUUCAAGAGUGAAUUUGUUGCGACCCCGAAAGAUGUAGGGGAAAGCAGAACUCAGCUCAUUGCAUUGAACGAUUUCCAACGGUAUUCAGCAGACACACGGUCAGAGAUAAUUAGGGGGGUAUACCAACCAAUCUGGCAAAAGUUGGCACUAUUUUCUAAUGAGAUUUCGACAUGGGGAAGACCGCCAGUUGCAAUUGGAAAGACACGGAUUGAAUGGCGUUGUAAAUGUGGACAAAGAAUUUAUGAUGAUUUCACUGAACUUCGUCCUGGAGCAGCAAAUCGACUUAAGCAAGCUCUCACAAAUAAUGACUCUGGUAGCACCAACACAAACCGAAGUUCAAGGUUCAGUGACUGCAGCAAAUCUUUUUCGAAAAGCUUAUCUUCCAUUUUCACUGUCUGGUCUUCGAACUCCUCGAGGAAAAGUCUCUCCUCUGGCCUACCCACCCACGAACCAUCAAAGAAUCAACUUGAUUCGAACAAUCCAAACACCGUAAAACCAAUACCGCUUCCAGUCGAGAAUGUAUAUCUCCUUCUAUGUUACCCAUCUGGUCGCUACGCCACUAGACUUCUGCAGUUGGGUCUUCACAAUCUUGAACCUAAAUCUGAUCAGUCACUCUUCACUAUACUUCGAACUAAUUAUAAAUCAAUGAGAGGUCGAUUCUUGAGCCUGAUAUCAUUGAAGACUCUCAGAUCGAUAAAAUUUGUCCACUUCGAGAUGUACCGCAGCUCUCUCAUCGACGUGCGUCAAAAAGAUGUCAUACCACCUCCCGACCACAUCGAAUAUCGUUACUCGCCCGCACCUCCCGAAGUGAUUCCUCCCAUUGGUGACAAUCAUCUCAUGCACCUCUUUCUGCAUCCAGAUCACGCCGACGAAGAUACUGUGUGUCUUGACCGAUUCCCUAAGAAGUUGAAGGAGAAACUUUCUUGUAAAAAAGGACAACCUACAAACUUUGGCUGGGGACUAGAGUUUGUGGAAGGUUGGGACAUGAAAAGCAUUUGGAUAGUCGCCUUUAUUGUCUUUGGGAUUGGAAGCUUACUGCUUGGAAUUCUUUGGGCAGUUUAUAAGCAUAGUAUUCAGGAUGCUUUUACGAUCGCGGGUUACAUGGUUAGCUUUACCGCGAUUAGUGUGGGAGCCAUACAGAGCUUAUUGGUAAUGUAA